AUGCCCACAACGAUCCCGCUGGGAAGGGGUCAGCCCUUUAACACUAGAACUUCACUCUCCACGUCUAGCCCGCGACCGCCUGGUAGCGAAUCUACAACCCGUGACUCCGAUCUGUCCCUCUCCCAUCUUCAUGACCGCGUGAAGCAGCUCCAAUCCACCGUCCUUACGAAGGAAGACUAUGUCGACCGCCGGAACCGCGAGAAUGAACACAUCCGUCGUGAAUUGGACACCCACCGUGCUACCUUCGACCGUAUUGAACAUAACGUCGCGGCACUGCGCUCAGAUGUCGACCAGAAGUUCCAUCAGCUGAAGUCGCGCCUGGAACACUCCGACCGUGUUCGCUUCAACUCUCUCGCCCACACCACACAUGCUCCUAUCAGCCCUGUCCCUGUCAUCGCCGAUGACGGUUCUCCUGUGUGGCCCAAAUACUUCCCACGAACUGUUUGGAGGUUCUGGUGUCUCAAGAACAAAAGUCGAGUUCAUCGUUUGGUUGAACUCGCGGAAUUUUAUCAACUGGGCGGUUACAAGGAUUGGUCUCGGAUACCGCAGACUGACAUAUCUCCCGACAGCGACUCAAGUGAUUCCGGUGAUGAAUCCUCCGUUAUAACUCGAGAAGAAGCCGUCCGUCGCUUCCCCGAAACUGCACAUCGAGUACUCGCAGCCACUCUAGGCCUUGUGUACUACAACAUUCGCAAUGAGAUGGGCGAAGACCCCAGUGCCAUGCCUUCUCGUCCGCUGAAGCGUCAGCAAGAAGACGCUGUUUCCGCCAGCGCCGUUACCAAGACCGAAAAGCUUGUAAAGAUGCCGCGCAGAACUAGUGUCUCCGACACUUACUUGGAGCGGUUGAUCAAGGGUCCCUCUGUGGCCGAAUCUCCGUCAUCCGGUCCCAAGGAGUUUGACGAGUUGGGAUGGAAUCCAUUUCCAGAUGUCUCCGAGGACACGAUGAGCAAGCUGCGAUCAAUUGACCUGCAGGACAUUGGGACCGUCCUUCGUGCUUUAGAACGAGGUCGUCUCAGAUUGAAGCCCAGUAAUUCCGAGAGGGCGGGCAUGUCUCCCGCUGAGUCCAAGGUCAGCAGCCAUGGACUACCAGUCAAGUCAGUUCAAAAGUCCGAUGUGCCUACUGAGCCACAAACUCCUACCCAGCCUUUUUCUGAGCCGUCUCGCAAGGAUAAACCCGGUCCUGAGACUGCAAGCAGUUCCCAUUCGGAUAGCGCAACAUCUUGA